UGGUCGACAGCGCUGGUCGCCGCUCUACCAUGGUUGUGGCUGUGCUUCCUAUCUACGUAUCCUGGACCAGUGGAAGGAUUCGGGACAGACUUCAGCGCCAAUGUCUCUCGCACCCUGGACAACCUCCUGGCUGGCGGCAGAUACGACAAGAGGAUCCGGCCUAACAUGGGAGGGCCACCAAUAGUGGUGUCAGUUAACAUGCACAUAAAGAGCUUCGGGCCGAUAUCUGAGACUGCUCAGUCGUACACUAUGGAUGUCUACUUCCGCCAGACCUGGUACGACUCGCGGCUCCAGUACAGUUUGCCGGGACUCCACGAGUUCUCAAUGUCCUGGCUGUUCUUGGAUAAGGUUUGGAAGCCUGACACGUACUUCAUGAAUGGCAAGACGUCUCAUCUGCAUCGCAUCACCUCGCCAAACAAGUUCCUCAGACUCAGACAGGAUGGCUACAUAGUGUACUCUAUGAGACUGACUAUAUCAGCACGCUGCAAGAUGCAUCUAAGGAAGUUUCCCAUGGAUACACAACGAUGCCCUCUGCUUAUAGGAAGUUACGGUUACAGCUCCAACGAAGUGAUGUACGAAUGGUUGGAUCUGACUGUAGAGCCUGGACUGGAGUUGUCUCAAUACGACUUGGCCAACAUUACAGUCGUGCCUCACAGCAAGUUCAUCAGGAACGUAGGAGAGUUCUCCAUGAUCAAGGCAAACUUCCUACUCCGCCGUAGCAUCGGCUACUAUGUCCUCCAGAUGUACGUCCCUUGUUGUCUCAUCGUCUGCUGCUCCUUCGUCUCUUUCUGGAUUAACCCGGAUGAUGUUCCCGGUAGAGUCACGUUAGCGGCCACAACAGUCUUGUCAAUCACAACGUUGGGGUUCGUGGGUCGUGCCGCACUGCCAAAGGUGAACUACGCCACAGCUCUGGAUUGGUUCGUCAUUCUCUGCUUCGCCACCGUGUUCGCCGUCCUGGUGGAGUACGCGGUCAUCAACUUCAUAGACAAGGUGCGCGUCGACAUCCAGCGACUGCUGGAGGAUCGCAAGAAGCUAAAGGAGCUGAAGGAGGCUCUCAAGGAAGAAUCAGGCGCUGAAGAAAGCGAAGGAGAAAUCCUCGACAAAGACCUGGAAGAGGAAACUAAGCUUCCAGAGAUCGCAGUACCCAAGAUUCUGAUGACCUACGAGAUGGAGGACUCCGACGUUGGCGACGCGGGAGGAAGUAGUGACGAAGACCUGGACUCCCUGAAGGUGGAGCAUCUUGCAGUCCCUAUCCAGGAGGCAAAGCUGAAGGUGACCAGAAGCUUCUCUGUGCCGACCAUCACCAAAGGAGAGUACAGGUUCGACCAACCACGCCUUGUGCAGGACACUCACAUAGACAUCUUACUGGACCAGAACCAAUCACCACAGGCUGCAAGGAUCACCCUUCGCAGCACGUUGCUGAUCCCUGUCAACCUCUGGCGUAACUUGAGGAUCCUCCCGACGGAGGAGGAAGUCGCUGCUACGACAGAACCUCCUGACAAGUUCUCCAAGAUUGACAUAUACUCCAGGAUGCUGUUUCCUCUCAUGUACACCCUCCUGUUGUCCGGAUACGUUGUCGUCUACACGUACUAUGUGGUCGACGACAAGGAACGAUACCUUCACGACACCUACAAGUGAAAAUCUCUGAGAAGCAAUUACAGAGUGUACAAGAAAUGUAAAUAAAUUAUAUACAAAAAGUAUGCAAAGAAGGUAGUUAACGUGUAGUUAUGAUAACACUAACAAAGGGAUUGACUUUUGGCUGUUUCAUCAAAAUCUAGUAAGUGGUAUUAUAGUGUGUAUAAUGGGACCUGACUUUUGACAGAUUAAUAUGUUUUAGGUAAAUAUUAUGUAAGUUAUACAUGUACAGUCAUUCAAACAUAAAUCAUUCAAUUUACUAAAGUUUUCAAUAGAUUAUUGGUUGGUCUCUUCAGUUUAAUAACACAUUACUUUUUCAAGUAACAAACACUAGUU